AUGGCCAGAAAGAAAGUGAAAGUAGCAUAUAUCACCAACAAUUCAGCCAGAAAAGCUACAUUCAAGAAAAGAAAAAGGGGUAUGAUGAAGAAGAUGGAUGAACUAAGCACUCUUUGUGGAAUUGAUGCAUGUGCUAUAGUUUACAACCCUUUUGAUUCUCGACCUGAAGUUUGGCCUUCGAAAUCUGGGGUCGAAAAAGUUCUCAAUAAGUUCAAGAAUAUGUCUGUGAUAGAGAAGAAUAGGAAGAUGUUAAGCCAAGAAACCUAUUUGAGAGGGAUGAUCUCUAAAGCUAGUGAACAGUUAAAUAAAGUGAGAAUGCAAAAUCGUGAGAAAGAAUUGAAAGUUGCCAUGUAUCAAAGUCUCACCACUGGAACUCCUCAGUUCCAGAAUUUGGACCCAACUGAUAUUGAUGUUCUUGGGCGGCUUAUCAACCAAAAAUUGAAUGAGAUUGAUAAAAAAGGGAAGAGUCUUACUGGUGAAGAAAUGAUCAAAAAUCAGAAAAAAGAUGUUCAAGCUAGUUACACCAAAAAUGCAAGCAAUUCAACAACAAAUAAUCAAAUGAUUGUGGCAAAGAGUUCAUAG